AUGGAACCGAACUUUGCUCUCACCGGUUCUGUUCACGAGACACUACUAUUCAUGUAUGUCGACGUCAGUCUUUUCCUGAGCCUUCCUCGCAAGAGUUUUGAGCCGCAAGUCCGCUGGUGGACAGCGCGGAACACCAUCUUUCCUGGCCCGACCUCUCUGCUAGUGGCCAACUUCCCUCAUCGUGCUGCCAAAAGCUCACAUAAGCAUGCGGGGGGUACCAGGCAUUCGACCAACAAUCUCCAUCCCGAUCCCAGAAGCUUCCUCUUUGUGAUCAACGAGCUGAAGGUGACAGAAAACGACAAUUAUAACGAAGGUGAUGAAUGGGACAAUCGUAUACCGCGAAGAAACUCCAGGGGUUAUGACGGAGAGACGCCGGGAAAGGUUCUGAGGUAUCAUAAUGGGAGAGUGACAGAAGCUUUUGGAUAUGGGUGGUACCGAGAAGGCUUCGACGAACCUGCGUGGCCUCCAGGCUAUGUUCUGAUGUACAAUCCCGACGGAUCGCCCAUGUAUACCGAGUAUGGAACGCAGGCAUACGCUACCGUCUACAAGCAGCUCUCUGUCUUCUCAUGCGGCCCCUUUCUCCCGAUCGUUGUCAUCAACGGAGACCCAUUAACCGCAGACCCAUCAUCCCGCGAGACGCUUGCUCGAACGCCUCUACAAUUCCAUCAUCCUCGUGACAAAGAAGGAAUAUCACACGCAGCCCACCCGGACAGUCACAUGAAGGAUGGUCCCGGACUAUGCAAAUACGUGGCCGGGGCAAACCCCAGCUGGAUGCCCAGCCUGGUGCCAGCGGCUUACAGCAACCCUAAGAAUCCGGGUCCGUCGAAUGGUCUUGCGGGAGAGCUUCCCAUUAUCCUUGGUUUGAUGGCAUUUAGCGAACCUACACGCUCGGAAGAAGUAGUGAAUCGGACUUUUCUAGGAGAUGGCGUGCAUCGUGGGGAAUGGCGUGAUGGGCAAUGGCAUCGCACUGAGGCUCCUCGGGGAUAUGCGCGUUCCGCGGAAGAUGACCCGCGAGGCUUCCUCGUUACGGUGCUGUUCGACCCCGAGAACCCAGACUAUUCGAAUGAAUCUUCUCUCGAGGCAAUGGAAUGGGACGAAGUGAUUGUGCGAGAAAGUCGACGAUAA